GAAUCGACAUAGCACUCAGUCUAAUAUAAUAUGGCGAAUAUCGUGAUCUUUGGAGAAACAGGAGCGGGCAAAAGUUCUGCCAUCAACCUGAUGUCCGGCCGACAGAUUGCGCACAUAUCGCUCGACUCUCACCGCUUGUACUCUGCAUUGGACGGAGUAUCCAAUAACCUUCGAAAAUGGGACUCGAUACAAGGUGUUUGAUACGGUCGGCCUCGAGGAACCCCGUCUACAAACCGGAGACUAUCUCACUGCAAUUUCAAACGCAUAUAGCCUCAUCAACACCUUGAAAGAACGUGGAGGUGUUAACCUCUUGCUCUUCUGUGUCCGCGGAGGUAGAGUGACAGCAACCAUGCAGAGCAACUAUAGGUUGUUCUUUGAAUUUCUCUGCGAGGAAAAAGUCCCGCUCGUGCUGGUCGUCACAAACCUCGAAAGAGAGAUAAAUAUGGAAGAUUGGUACACGCGGAAUGUGGGCCACUUGGAGAAAUACGGCAUUAGGUCCGUGGGACAUGCAUGCAUAACUGCGGCGAAUCUACUCGACGGGAGGCAUAGAGACAAGUAUCAGGAGUCGCGUGGCAUACUCCGUGGAGUGAUUGAAGCUCACUGUAACGAUUUCAUGGAAGGGUGGACUGGCGGGCAAGGAUGGCUUGCUUCAUCCAUCAGCAAACUCGUGGAAUAUGUCGCUGGGCGUCCCAAGAAGACAGAUAUCAUUGGAGUUCUAACAAAACGAUGCGGGAUGACCAAAGAAGUGGCUCAUCAGGUGGCGCAGCAGAUCAGAGGCGAAAACCUACCGCAAACGACGAUUGAGAAUUACGGUAACCCGCCAGUCCCUUC